AUUAGCAUCAGUGCUAACCACUGAGCCACUGUGCCGCCCCACGGUGUCUGAUAUAAAGACUUAACCUAUAUGUUCCGGUAUAAAGACUUGUAUAUAAAUACCUAGAGGGACGUCCAUUUAUUAGGGUUAGAAGCUGUGAUGAAGCAUCCACACUUUUUAACAUCAUCCUCGUCCUCACUGUUUACUCACUGGUUCUGGAUUCGUCUCCAGGCUCCAGGACUCAGUGGGUCCUCUGACCCGGUCUCUGGAGUCCUGGUCUCAUGGAAUCGGGGAUAAAGUUUUCGGACGUUGGAGCAGAAAUAAGAAGAAGUUCUGAGAACAGAGGGUGAGAUAGAGGAGGAGGAGGAGGAGGAGGAGAGUGAAUUAAGUUAAUUGGAGUCAUCCCUCCUUCAUUACCGACUAACCUCCAUCUUCUCGUCCCACCAAGCGUCUCCACUUCGUCUUCCUCCACCGAGCAGCCGGCAGAUCCUCGUCCACACCCAGCCUUGUCCAUUUUAACAGGAUGACCCUCCUCAACUACCCCGUCCCAGAGCUGGACGUCACCUUCCAGGAAGUGGGCCGAGUCCUGCAGCUCACUCUGAGUCCAGACCUUUACCCUGAGUUCAGAAGUACCCUGGACCAGCAGAGGGCGCUGCUGGAGGAGGCGCAGCAGGAGUUGGAGGCCAACGCUGCAGACCAGGAGAACUGGGUGACCCGGCAGUUCAAGAGAGGCCUGCUGUCCUGCACCGACCCCCUGCCCACCUCCACCGCCCUGCCCGUCGUCCUCCUCCCAUCUAAAGCCAAGACUUGCACUCAGCUGGGGAGGGCGGCCGCUCUGCUCUGGGGGGCCGCCAAGCUCUACAGCGAGCCCCUCCUCCUGGAAGGACACACCCACAUGGAAAACACCCAACAGUCCGAAGUAUUCGCCGCCACCAGGAUCCCUGGGGAGAACCAGGACCGAAUUAAGGUCUACCCCGACAGCCUCCAUGCCAUCAUAACCUGUGCUGGAGGCGUCUUCCCUGUGGACAUCCUCUGGCGUCCAAGCACUGGCGGCCCGGUCUCUGCUCGGUCCUUCGUGGACAUCUACCAGCAGCUGGCCCAGGUCAUGUCCCAGCCCAGGGCUGAGAAGACCAGCGACGCCUACGCUGUCUGCAGCCUCUCAGCCCUGCAUCGCAAAGUCUGGGCUGGGAUCAGGGACCAGGUCCUGGAGCGAGGGGGACCAGCCGUGACCUCCCUGGGGCUGAUGGAGAGCUCUGUCCUCACGCUUUGUCUGGAGGACAGAGACGCUCCGUCCGAACUGGCUGAUGUCCUCAACGCGGUGAGACUGGGAGGAGGAGGACAGAGUCCAUGUCUGAGAUACUACGACAAGGUGGUGAACAUGGUGGUGUUUAAAGAUGCUGUCGCUGGGAUGUUGUUCGAGCACAGCGCCGUGGACGGGAUGGUGGCCGGACUCGUGACUGAACGUGUUUUCCAUCUGUCUGAAGCUGCUGAUUUAAACCUGCUUCAUGCCGACUCAGAGAACACGAGUGGGUCCGUAAAUGCUGUUAAAUCUGUUUGUCCGAGGUCCCUCCAGUUCCCCCUGGAUGGAGUCAACACCCCCCAGCAGAGCCCCGACCUAAAGGCAGCUCAUCCUGUCCUCACCUUCGAUGUGUCGUCCUACCCUGAUGUCUUCUGUACUCUCCGAGGACAGAGGGGUCUGUACGAUGCCUGGAUCAACUUCUCUUUACAGCUCUCCCUGAGACAGACUCUUGGAGAAUCCGCUGCCAAUCACAUGCUGGUCACGCCCACCCACAUGCGGCACUACAAACAUGGCCGCUGUGAUCCCACCUACACAGUCACCAUGCAUUCCCGUAGGUUAGUUGGUGCUUUGGCCGCCCACAUUUUGCCAAAUAACACAACCCAGCUGACUACUGAUCUGCUGAGGCUGUUUCACACAGCAUUUCUGGAGCAUAAGAGUCUCAUCAGGAAAACCAAGAGCGGUCGAGGCGUCGGUCCACACCUAGCUGCUCUGCGUCGAUCUUUGCCAUCUGACAAUCCUCUGAAGAAGUUUCUGGACCCAUUUGGAUGUCCAUCGGUGUACCUGACGGGGACAGACCUGAUGGAGGGCGUGGAGUGUGGAGUGGGCAACGUUUACGCCCAGGACCAGCUGGCUGUGACUUACCUGGGCAAGAAAGACAAGGUUCGCAUUGUGCUGAAUGGGAAAGGGAGCUUUGCUCUGGUUCUGGAGAAGCUUCAAGAGAAUCUCAAGAUGAACCUGAAGGUGAUGAUGCUUCUGGCUAUCAGGUAUGCCAUCGCUUCUCAGAUGGGAGCCCUGGAGUGUCUCCUCCAGCAAAGUCAGACAGAGAAAAUAAAUGGAGAAGCAGUUCACUGCCCAAACAACGUUCACACUAAAUCUGGCCAGAGUCCAGACUACAUCCUGGUGAUUCAUGGGGGUGCUGGAGAGGAGGUCAUGCUGAACGCUCAAGUGAUGGAGAUGAUUGAGUUUGCUCUACAAACAGCCUUAAGCCUCGGCUCCCAGGUGCUUCAACAGGGUGGCCGAAGUCUAGAUGCGGUUCAGAGGUCGGUGGAAGCUCUGGAGGACUGCUUCCUCUUCAAUGCAGGUAAAGGAUCGGUGUUUAAUAAAGAUGGCGAAAAUGAAAUGGAAGCAACCAUUGUAGACGGCAGUGUCAGGAGGUCUGGGUCAGUGGCUUGUGUAAAAAGUGUGAAGAACCCCAUAAAAGCAGCCAGAUGUGUCAUGGAGCACAGCUCUCAUUCACUGAUUGUAGGAGACGGGGCUGAAGAGUUUCUGCAGAGUCUGGAGAAGAAGGAAGAGCCUGUUGGACCUGACUAUUUCUACACUGAUGUACGGCACAGACAGUUAAUGGCAAAACUGAGCGCUGGAAAUACCUCAAAGAACAACCAUCCUCAGACGGUUGGAGCUGUGGCCUUGGAUCGGUGCAACAAGUUGGCUGCUGCCACUUCCACCGGUGGGUUGGUAGGAAAGUUGAGAGGACGCGUUGGGGAUACAGCAGUGGUCGGGGCGGGAAUAUACGCAGAUGAUAAGUUAGCUAUCACCUGCUCUGGAGAUGGAGAUGUUUUUCUGAGGAACACGGUUGCAGAGAAAAUAGCUGGUCUGUACCAUCACAAAGGCUACAGCCUCAGGCAAGCAUGCAGGGAAGUGAUGGCUGAAAACCUGAAAGGGUCCUGUGCGGGAAUCAUCGCUGUGGACAGUAAAGGCGACGCCAUUGUUGAGACAAAUGCUGGCAUUAUGUUUGUGGCCUCAAUGAUUGAUGGCAUUUCAAGAGCAGAGGUCCUUCGGCCACUCAAAGACUUCUCUGAUGUGAUCUGGGAAACAGAUGAGCUGGUUGCCUACCUAAAUCCUAAGCCCUGGAUCCCUGGGUCAACAAUUCUGACGAGAAAAACUCUCAGUGGGGCAAGCAGCAUCUUCCAGUGGGCUCUUCCUGAUUUUAUUGCUGUGCUACAAGGAGCUAGGGCUGUGUCCAGUUUGCUAUGUGAGCGACUGGGAGUGCAGCGCUGUGCUUUGGUUUUCAACCCGACCCCCGACCAGCCAGCACACAUCAGACUGCUCCCGCUUCAUGGCCUAGAGCCGAAGUGGCAGCCUCAUCUCGCUGGUGAAGAAGAGUUCCACUCUUACAAUCCUGGCUACUGCACCUCAAAAAGUGGCCCACGGUGGGACGAUGAAGCUCUGAGCCACGUCCAAGCCCAGAUUAGAAAUGCACUGCCAACACCUAAUGCACCCUUCUGCUUUGACUUUUUCGGUGACCCUUCCAAUGACAGUUUGUUCAGUCGCAUUGUGCGUGGAGAGCAGCAACAGUGGCGAGUGUGGGAAGACAGUGAGCAUGUUGCCUUCCUCACUCCGUACCCAAACAGUCCUGGACUGACGGUUGUGGUGCCAAGAAAGCCUCUGUCCAGUGACAUCUUCAGACUGGAUGAACCCGACUACACAGCUCUGAUCCUAGCCACUUAUAAAGUGGCCCAACUGCUGAAAGAGGGGUUGAAAGCAUCGAGUGUGGCUCUGAUCUUUGAGGGUUUUGAGAUUGACUAUGCUCAUGCCAAGCUCAUCCCUCUGCUCAAUUCACUGGAUGGCACCAAACCCUCAGAGCUGCCACCAGAAAGCUUCCAGAGCUACCCUGGAUAUGUGUCGUCUCUGGAUGGUCCACCGGCCGACACUAACACCCUCAGAAACAUCCACUCAAACAUCACCCAGUGUAAACCUCCUCACUCAUGGAGAGACCCCCAGUCUCACUCCAGACUUGCCAUCAAGAGCCAGUGGUAUCGCAGCCUGUUCCAGAUUCAAAACACUCUUUUCCAUGGUACAGUGGAGUAUUUCCACAGUUUGUGCCAGUACGCCUAUGCUCUGACGCCUCUCACCACCGACACCAUCUCCUCACCAAUGGGGCUGGGGUCCGACUCAGAGCCUGUGUCUGUUAACCUGCUGGGCCAGGACGUCUACCUGGCCGACUCCAUGCAGUUUGUUCUUGAAUAUUUCCUUCGCUUCCAGGAGAACCUGCCAGGAACCUACUACAUAUCCCCCAGCUUUAGGGGUGAAGAUCCUGACGCCACUCACUUGAACCAGUUUUACCACGUGGAGUGUGAAUUGCUAGGUGACAUGGACGAUGCUAUGUCCAUAGCAGAGAGAUACCUGGCCCAUCUCACCAAGUCCAUGUUGAAGAGACACUCCGAUAUAAUCCUCAAUACUGCUGGAACCCUGACACAUCUCACAGCUCUGCUGAGUAAGCUGGAUGGAAAAACUCCACUACCCAGAAUCCCUCUGGACCAAGCCAUUCCCAUGAUGCCGUCUGCUGACUGUUUAGAGUGGGUCCAAGAUGGCCAGCCCCACUUUGGCAGGAAGCUAACUCGCAAAGGAGAGCGGGUGUUGAUAGAGAAGUAUGGAGGCGCUGUGUGGCUGACGGAGAUGGACCAUCUAGGAGUUCCCUUCUACCAGGCCUAUGUGGAGGGCAGUGGGCGGACCAAGGCCAAAGCUGCUGACCUUCUCCUGGGACUGGGAGAGACCGUGGGUCUCGGGGAACGUCAUUCCACCCCUGAGAUGGUCCAGGAGGCCUUGAAGCACCAUGCAGUGCCGGAGCAGGCCUACAAAUGGUACAUCAACAUGCGCCAAGUCAAACCGCUCCUCACCAGUGGAUGGGGCAUGGGGACGGAGCGCUACCUGUGCUGGCUGCUCGGACACGAUGACAUCCGGGACAUUCACAUCAUUCCCAGGAUGAAGGGACGCAAGUACAUGCCGUGAUUCUCGUCAGUCGAUGUUGGUAUAUUUCUAAUACUGGGUUUAUAAUACACUAUGCUGCCAAAAGUAUUCUCUCACCUGCCUUUACACACAUGUAACCUCCAGUGACGUCCAUUCUUAGUCUCUAGGGUUUAAUGUGACGUCUCUGGCCUCUGCAGCUCUAACAGCUCCAACUCUUCUAGGACAGUUUUCCACAGGUUCAGGAGGGAGUUGAUUCCACAAGCUCAUUAGUGAUGUUGGAGGAGGAGGCCUGGCUCACAGUCCAGAUCUAGUUCAUCCCAGAGGGGUUCUAUGGGGGUCAGGAGUCUGUGAGGCCAGUCCAGUUCCUCCUCAUCCAGGUCUUUAUGGACCUGGCUUUAUCUCUGGUUCUCAGUCAUGUUGAACAGGACGGGGGUCGUCCCCAAACUGGACUCCCCAAACUCCUGAAAAUGUCUUGGUGUGCUGGAGCAUUCAGUUCCUUUGACUGGACCUAAGGAACCAAGUCCAGCUCCUGAACAACCAGCCCCCCCAACAUAAACCCCCUCCACCAAACUCCACCUUUGGCCCAGUGCAGUCAGACCAGCAGGGUUCUCCUGGGAACCUGCAGACCCAGACUGGUCCAUCAGGUUUCCAGAUGUCACUCCAGAGAACGUCUCCACUGCUCUAGAGUCCAGUGGUGCUGUAUCCCACGCCCUGCAUCCCACGCUCUGCGUCCCACGCCCUGCAUCCCACGCUCUGCAUCCCACGCUCUGCAUCCCACGCUCUGCAUCCCACGCCCUGCAUCCCACGCUCUGCAUCCCACGCUCUGCAUCCCACGCCCUGCAUCCCACGCUCUGCAUCCCACGCUCUGCAUCCCACGCUCUGCAUGGACCGUGGUGAUGUUUGACUGGGAUGCAGCUGCUGGGCCAUGGAAACCGAUUCAUGAAGCUCUGUCUGUCUCUGCUCUGUCCUGGAAAUAAUCCGAAGCUAAACAUGAAGUCUGGAGACUUUCUGGGACCUCACCAUGAUGACCCUGCUCUAUAAUUUUACUGGUCCUGACACUUCAAUGGCUUCCACUUUCUUCUAAACCCUAACUGACAGGUGACUGUCACUAAUGUUUGUAGAAGCAGUCUGCAGACUAGAGGCUGGAUUCAUACACUUGGAUGAGAGAAUACUGUUGCCUGUAUAGUGUAACAACACGAAUCCCUUGAUGAUCCCUGGAACUUGGAUACAGGUUUUAAUUCAUUUUAUAUUAUUCCACCCAUGAAGAAACUUCCUGCCUUAGAAUCACGUGACAACGGAAGACCUUAAAAGUUUCUAGAAACUGGAGAAGAUUAAAUCAUUUAAAUAAUAAUAAUAAUUAUUAUAGGAAAUAACUCCUUAAAAGUUAGAACUAUGUUAUAUUCACUAUUUCCUGGUAUGAGACAGAAUGAUUGCUGAGAUGUAAACUGCAGUCAGUAAACUAUGUUUGAGUGUUAACUACGAUGGUUAUUCCAUAAAUGUUGUGUUUUCUGAGGCAUGCUUUUAUAUUACUCCUGGAUAUAAUCUGUUUUAUUUCUCUGUAUGUAAAUGAUUUUUCCUGCCUGACCAUUUCUGUUUUGAUGUUAAACUGGUAAUGAUGCUUCACUGGGUUUGAUGUUCUUCAAUAAAUCUUUUGUUACACAAUGGAAAA